AUGUCCUUCCUAGGAGGCGCCGAGUGCUCUACCGGCCGCAAUCCACUUGCUCAGUUCACAAAACAUGUCUCGGACGAUAAGUCGCUACAGCGGGACCGCAUGGUCGGUGGAAUACCCGGCGGUCCUGGCAUUCAACAGGGCAUGAGGAGUCAGGGUAUGGUACAAGGCCCAACGGGUGACCAGCAGAUGGAACAAUUCCUUAUGCAAGAUCCAGCGGCAGCCCAGCAAUCCGCCGGUCCGUUCCAAUUCGAUGGCAUGCGUGCUGAACUAAACCACAUACCUGCCGGCCAGGUCAACUGGGCUGCUGAAUUCGCCACCAUGCCCCCCGGUGAAGAUCGCGCACAGUUGGAAGCCGCCUUCCAUGCCGCUCAAGCCAAGGGUGAACCGUUCAACCCUGCCGAAUUCGCCUCCUUCCAGCACCAGCCCCACCAGCAUGUUCAUACCCCUCAACCGGACCUCGCCGCCCCCAUGAAUGCAGGAAAUGCGUACUACCCACAGCGUUUCCAAGGCUACAGUAUGGGCGGGAUGUACAGCGGCGGGUUCGCCAGACAAGCUUCCCAGAUCCCCGCCCACACUGUUCCAGAAACCGCUACUACUGCCAAGGGUAAAGAACGAGUCGUUGAGCUCACCGAUGAGGACUGGCAGACCCAGUUCAAGCAGAUCGAGGAGCAACAGCACGAACCGGUCGUAGAUGAAGAUUCGCAGGCUAACCGUGCCAUCGAGGAAGAGCUCGAGAAGAACGGUGAAGCUAUGUUCUCAGAUUUCGAACCCCUCUGGGAUGGAAUCCAAAAGGAUAUGGAAGCCAAUGGUGUCAAGGUCGACGAUUGGAACUGGGAACCCGGUACUCUUCCUGGUCAACCCCCAAAUCUUGGCGAAUAUCUCUUCGAACAGGAAAACCCUUAUAUGCAAGUGGGUAAUCCCUUCGAGGAAGGUAUAAGACUCAUGGAAUCCCAUGGGAAUCUCUCUCUUGCAGCAUUGGCCUUUGAGGCAGCAUGCCAGAAGAACCCUAGCCAUGUCGAGGCUUGGGAACGUCUUGGUGCUUCACAAGCGCAAAACGAAAAGGAGACGCCAGCUAUCAGAGCGCUUGAGCAAGCGUUGAAACUUGAACCCCAAAAUAUGAAUGCAUUGAUGGGCCUUGCGAUCAGUUAUACAAACGAAGGAUAUGAUACUACCGCGUAUAAUACCUUAGAGAGGUGGUUGAAUGCACGAUACCCAGAUAUCACAUCGCCUGCCGUGGAUAACCCGCUUGAUAGGUUAGCUAUCCACUCGAGGGUUACAGACUUGUUUAUCCGAGCGGCGGUGUCAGCUCCUGAGGGUGCGGCGUUCGAUUCGGAUGUUCAGGUUGGAUUGGGUGUUUUGUUUUACGGAGCAGAGGAAUAUGAUAAGGCAGUAGAUUGCUUCAGCUCAGCAUUGGAGAGCGAUUACGAUGCGAGGGACAAGAACCAUCUAUUAUGGAACCGACUCGGAGCCACACUCGCCAAUUCGGGGAGGUCCGAAGAGGCAAUCGAAGCUUAUGAGAAGGCAUUGACGAUUAACCCUAACUUUGUGCGAGCGAGGUACAACUUGGGUGUUUCGUGUAUUAAUAUUGGAUGUUACGAAGAGGCUGCGCAGCAUUUGUUGGGAGCGUUGGCAAUGCAUAAGGUUAUCACUGAUAGGGACGCCGCAGAAGCUCAGAAGAUUGGGGUUGAUGUUACAAGGAUUGAGCAUAAUCAGAGCACGAAUUUGUAUGAUACUCUACGACGGGUGUUUGGACAGAUGAACCGACGGGAUUUGGCGGACUUGGUGGCGAAUGGAAUGGAUGUAGAUGUUUUUCGGAAGGAGUUCGAAUUCUGA